AUGUAUACACAAGAGACUUCUUUGAAAAAGUUGGUGUUGAGUGGUGGAUUGAAUCUUUCAGAUUUGCAAGACUUGUUGAAUUGUCACAAAAAUGUUGAAACAUUGCAAAUGACAAACAUGAAAGAACGUUUCUCUCCUACAUUAACUCUUCCAACAAAAUUGAGAUACUUGAAUAUCAGCAAUAAUCUGAACCUUCCACAGAUCAAGCUACCAUUCCUAACACAACUCAUCAUUGAUCAUGCUCCUUUCGACCAAAAGCAACUUGGUGAAAUAUUAGAACAUUGUCCAAAUUUAUUGUUUAUUUCUGCCAAGUAUUGUAAAUUACUUGAGGUGGUGGAUAUGAGACAUCGAAAUUUAACUACCAUUUCUCUCUUUGGAUGUGUUGAGUUGAAGAGUUGCACUAUUUAUUGUCCCAAAUUAGCUUUUUUGAAUAUUGGAAAGACAUCUCUCACUGAUGAGACCGUAGCUAAUAUUUUGAAGAACAACGAUGCGUUGAAACAAUUACACACUUCCUAUUGCACCAAUUUGGUAGAUCCAUUCAAUACAGUUACUAGCCAUCGCUCACUCAUGAUUUGGAAUGUUGGCUCAUGUGGACUCAGCGAUACAGCGCUCUUGAACGCACUUCAAAAAGUUCCAACUUUACAAAUUAUGAAAAAUUAA